AUGCAAAAAGUGAAUAAGAUAAACAAGCUUGUGUUCUCAGGGGACAAUCAUCAAGGGCCAACAGCAAUAGCCACGAUGAGAGUUCAUGCAGGAUCAUAGCUUAGUAUUAAUAAUCAAAGAUCUAGCCCUUAGCCUAUUAGCAUAAAAGAUUUCAGCCAAUACAAUCAGAAUGGUGAUUAGAAUAACUUCAUUAUCACAAAUUCAUAAUCACCUUAAAUUAUCCAAUAAAUAUAGAAUAACUAAUAUCCGAUAAUUUCUAAGCCUAAAACUUCAUUUGGAACGAAUAGAAAUCAUAAUAAGGCAGUAGUGAAGAUGAAGUUACAUAGCUUUGAUCCACUUGGAUUAGGGAAUCUAGCAUCCAAUGAAUCAUCUCCAUUCGAAGCUGGCAGACUAUCUGUAAAUGCUCUUCACUUGGGAAGUGUUUAAACAAAGAACCUUUUCUUAAACACAGUUUAACCAGGUCAGAACAAUUCAGCAAAUGUUCAAACUUAUUCAAGCCCUGUUAUAAAUUCUGCAAACGCUAAGAGUAAGGUUUUCUUUCCCACUUAGGUAAAUGGAAACGGCAAUAACUCAAAGACAUUCAAAAUGAUGCAAAAUAUUCCAUAAUAAGCUAGAGUACAAACAGCUUAGUAAGCUUUUACUAAUAGGCCUUAAAGAUAGAUAUUUCCAAACAAAAAGGUGGUUGCAACUGGAGCUGUUUAGAGUAUUAACUAGAAUCAACUAAUAACCUUACCUUAAGCUAAUUAGAAUAAUCUGAUAUUGAAGCAUUAGUCUACACCAUUAGUUGGCACCUUAGUAAAUUAAGAGGGCAGAUCAUUGAAUCUCUACGGAUCAUAACUUCAAACUCCUAAGUUAUUCACGUAGACAUCUACUGGUCCUUUUUUCCACAGAAACAACAAUCAAUAGACAUAGUAAAAUCAUAGAGGAGGAUCAUAGCUGUCUUAGCGAAACAAAUUGAUAGAAGAUAAGAACAUGAGAUUUCUGAAUAAUCAAAUAAAUCAAGGUAAGAUUAGAGUUAAUCAAGAAGGGAAAGUGGGAAUUAGACAGAUAGGUACUCGAAGUUGUGAGGAGUUAGAAGAAUUUGCUGAUGGAUUUGAACAGCAAGAAUAGAAUUCUGCUAUAUACAACGAGGAUCAAGCAUCUCCUUCUAACUAAAGAUACUCAGGAAUCGAUUUUAAUUCUAUAUACUCGUAAUAAAUUCAAAAUGGGUUCGGUGGAAGAAACUCAGACCCUACAACAAUGUCAAUUAAUAAUUUUAGAUAGGCUGAUACUUUCCUAAAUUUGGGGUCAAAUGGAACAAUUUAGGAUUAAGUAUCUACCUAGAUUUAACAUCAGAAAACUUAAGCGUCAAAUAAUAUCUCAUCAUAAAAUAAAAACUAAUGGCCGAAAAAGAACACACAGGGACUCCAAGGCUCGAUUUAUUCUUCAUCAGCAGCUUCUUCAAUUGAAGGAGAUAACAUCUAAAUAUAUAAUUAAAUGGAGGAUAAUGAGUCAUAGGUCAAAAUAAUUAAUUAGGAAAAAUAAUAGCCAACUUUAAGGCUAAUCAAAAGGCAUUCUCAUAAUGAGUUUAAUUAGGCGAAGCCAAUAAGAGCUAUAGAUGAUGAGUCUCUCUUUAACAAAGAAUAGACUGAGUAAUAAAGAAAUUCAUUAGGAAAAAUACAAUAAGUAAAAAGAAAUUUUGGGUCAACUUUGAAUCCUGCUGAUAUUUUAAUGCAGAUGAAAGCAUAGGAACAUACGAAUUCCUAGUAAGAUAUCCCCUUUUCAGUAAGUAGUGAUGUAAAAACAGCUAAGCAGCAAUAAAGAAAAAUAAUAUCAAAAAAUAAUAUAAAGUUUGCAAGAGCUUCUGUGAUAAACUCUGAUGGGACAAACGGGGCUGGUAGCCUACAUCCAGAUAAAAUGGAAACUUUACAAAGUAGCAAUAUUUCACCACCACUAGAGUUGGUGAAUGAUUUGAACAUUGAAAAGUAAUAAUAGCAGCAGUAACCGUAGAAAAAGGCUAUUAAAAAAAUCAGAGAUGCUCAGUAGAUUGCAGACUCAUUUGAUAAGAAAGGAAUCGGCAAAGCAAUUGUUUAGUAUUAAUUUGAGAUGGCAGACAAAGAAGAAGAAAAUUGUUUCAAAGGGCUUUAUGAUGCUCUCAAUCAAUUCUUUUGA